CGGGAGAGGGGGCCUAGCACGAGGCUGGAGACACCCCCUAGCUUGUCAGAUUGCUAGCUAGAUAGAUAGAUAGAUAGCCAGCCUAGCACCCUACUCGAGGUUAAGUGCGCGAUCUGUAUCUCCGAUCGAUGUCGGAGCCCGUGAACGCAGCGUCCCGAACACCCUCUUCUUCCGUACCCGCUUCCCGUCGCCGCGGACUGUUCUUCAGAGCCCAUCUGCUCGCACGAGGUCCCAAUUGCGCGCAGCUUCCCGCUUCCUCAAUGCGGAGGGGGGGGCUGGGAGGAGGAGAGUGCUCUGCCUGGACCAUGCUCAACGUUUUCGGGUGGUUUUGCAGUUUUAAGCGGCGGAUUCCUCUUCUUCAGUCGGGUAUUGGUCAUUGGUCUCCUCUAGUAGCUUAGUGACGUUUAGAGAUGAGCGAUCGUAUCCUCGCCGUGGUCCGUUAGGUGGUGUGAGUCAUCGGGUGUGGUAGUGCCGAAGCGAGGCUCAGGUUGAUCACUUGGCGCAUAUGGUGGAAGCAAAUUUGGAGGAAUCAAGAUGAUAAUUCUAGGUUUGCGCAUAGUUAGGCUUGGGCGUUCAGUCGGUGUUCAGAAAGGGCUUCGGAUCGAUAGAAUGUCGUGCGGUCAAUGUCCUGAUUGAUCGUUACCUGUCGCCAGGGUUUGGUCUUGUGCCUCGGCUUUCCAGUGCUACGUCUAGAGCACCCCAAUAUCCUUGAUGCUCGACUCUGAUUGCUUCAAUCUGUCAUACAACCUGUUGCAUUCUGGACGCGAGCGGUUGUGAUGUAUUUUGCUCUAUCCCGACGGAGGAUGUUACAAUUCGCACAGGUUGAUCGAAUGCGACGGCCUGUAGAUUUCAAGUGCAAUUCCCUGGAGCGGCUUUAGUUAGACCUUCAUGUAUGCUCAGGAGGCCGUGCAGUUCUUAGGAUUAGGAGAGCCCAGAAUGGUUAAAAAAUUAAUGCAAGCUGAGCCUGAGGAUACGAACAAUCUCUUAAACCCUUUCCUCAAGUCUCACAAUGUAAGAAUCCUGGGUAGCGGAGACGAGUGGCUGGUGUUCGGGCACGGCUUCGGUAGUGAUCAAUCCGUCUGGCAGCUAAUCGUUCCUCACUUCGCAAAGAGCUACAAGAUUCUUCUCUUUGACUUGAUGGGCGCUGGGUCCACCAAUCCUCAUAGCUUCACCUUCUCUCGUUACAACACUCUCUACGCCCACGCGGACGACUUACUGACGAUCCUCGAUGAGUUGGGCAUCGUCAGCUGCACAUACAUUGGGCACUCCAUGUCUGGCAUGAUUGGAUGCAUAGCGUCAAUUGAGAGGCCGUCCGUGUUCAAGAAGCUCGUUCUCAUAGCGACAUCACCGAGAUACAGUAACGACGGAGAUUACAUCGGAGGGUUUGAGAUGGAGGAGCUUCAUGAGCUGUUCGCCGCCAUGCGGUCAAAUUUCAUAGCCUGGAUUACUGGAUUCUCACCCAAGGCCGUGGGAUCCGACAUCCAGAGCUGGCCAGUUCAAGAGUUCAGCCGCACAUUCUUUAAUAUGCGACCAGAUAUUGCCCUUAGUAUCUGCAAGACAUGCUUCGCAAGCGACCUCCGCCCUCUCAUUCCACAGGUAAUGAUUCCAUGCUAUCUAGUGCAAAGUGGAGUUGAUGCAUCCCUGUCCAUCAAAGUGGUGAAGUAUAUGGCUGCGAACCUCGGCGGCAUGUCGCAUGUCGACAUUCUGCAAGACAUCCAAGGUCACUUGCCUCAUCUUACCCACCCUGAAGCCGUGAUUGCUGUGCUUCAACGUGCGUUUCAAUGGAUUGGGUGAUGCUGCAAGUGAAUCCUCACUUCUCCAUACUGUGGACGAUGUAGCAAUCAUCAUUGACCAACAGGUCUUAACUUAGCAUCGGGAACCGAAAAAAAGGAUCUGCAGUUCACGUUCUCUAAACACUUCCGUUUGAUGUCGUGUAUUUUUUUUGUGGAACAAGAUCUGCGUCCCCCUGAACUACUUCGCUGACAGUGAUCGGCGAUCAGAAUGUGAAACUGGUUUUAUCUCUGGAAUGAUAGAUGCUUUCACAGAAGAGCCUUGUACAGGAACGCAUCGUUCCAUCCGCCUCA